CAAUCGUUUACGAUCUAUUAUAGUAUUUAAGAGGAAAGUAAGGCAUAUUUUCAUAAUUUUCACAACUCAUGUAAAAUGCUAGUGCUCUUUGUUAGUUGUUUAGGGAAAGACAGAAGAUUUUUACCGGCAACAACAUACUUUAGUUUCUGGACAGUUGAAAUCGCUAACAAGAUGUCUGUUUUAACUUCUGGAUCCAAGGAUAUUUAUCUUGAAGACUGGCCAUUGUUAAAUAUGUUUAGCAACAUACAGAAUAAAUGGAGGAAUAUGUUUAUGUUUGAGACAGAUAUAUACCCAUGUAAAUACAAAGAAACUCCCAGAAGUUUGUCGGCACUUUCUGGUACGACGAAAGACGUCUCAAAUGACAUAAUGUGCUGUCUUGAAAAAUGAAUAGAUUCAAAAGUUAACAAUUUCCACUCAUAUGGCCACCUAGUGGGACGUUGGCCAAACUCAAGUUAUUCGAAAUUAUCUUGAGAGUACAAAAAGGGGUGGUCAAUGACUGAUACAAACAUGCAAGGUGAAAAGAAUAAAUAUGGCAGGACUCCGCG